UGGUACUGCCGAACCAUAGGUUUACUGUAACCUGCUGUAUUGAUCGGGAAUUUACUUGUUUAAAGCAUUGCCUGUAUCAAAAUAACAGGGCCCAGAGCUGAGGGAGCCGCCUGCUUGCUAUGUGUUAUCACACAGCAGCAAUGCCUGGUGUGGUCAGAUCGAGAUGUCAAACAGCGUACAGCAGGAAGUCACAUAGUGGGUGACAUGAAACCCAAGUUUGAGCAAUGGUUUCAUUUCACUCUUCUGUGGGGAAAAAAACUGUAAGAUCUCUUUGUACACCAGUGUCGAGGUGCUGUGUUUCUUCCAAUGGCUAAUAAACUGGUGCAGUUGGUCAAAAAGAAAGAAGUGAUAGAGGACUUCAUGGAGAUAUUUGAGAAAGGGGCAGAGGCUUUGUCUGAGGCAGUGGGAGAGAUGUUCCCUGUUUUCUCCAUUGUAUCACCCCUUGUGCAGUUAGCCAUGGACAAUCAGGAGAGCCCGGAGGCAGAAUUCAUGAAGGAGCAGUUUCAGAAGGUACGUGACCGCCUGGAUGUGAUCUCUGAAGAGGUAGAGAACAUCACCCAGGAGAUCAAGAAGAGCGGUGUGGAUGCAGCCUACUUCCAGGUGGAGGAGAACCUGACAAGCCAAUUUCGUAAAUACAUGGACAUCCUCAACGCCAAGCCCAAGUUCCGUGAGGUGAAGAAGAAGCUCUUUAUGGAACAUUUUGCAAAGACUAAAGGAGAAACGAACUUAAACACCCUGUAUAGAGCUGUGACCGGAGACAACUUCUCCGGUGAGUCGGUGUUGGAGAUCACGCUGAAGUAUGAAGAAAGAAACCGGAGGUCCAUGGAGGACUUCUGUGCACGGUUAAAGAAUCUUUUCUUCAUUGGACUUGUCGCCCUGGUGGGCCAUGCAGCUCUGAAGGAUUAUAAUGAGGAGGAGGAGCUUCUUCGUGAUUGGGCUGAGAAAGUGAACCACAUUGAGGAGAAGAUGAAGGAUGUUGUUGAAGACUGCAGGGUUAAUUUUGUCAAACAGGCAGAAAUUGACAUUGGGAAACGUAUCCGUACCUGGAAAGGCAGGCCUAACCAGGAGUUAGCUGAUGACGCUGUAGGUUUCCUAAAACAAAAGUAUGACUGGGUGUCCUGGUCUGUAAGGGUUUAUGCUCCCCCUACAGGUUGCUUCUGGAAGCUGAUCUAUGGCAAGAAUUAUCGGGGAAUCAGUGGGGGGAAUCACUUUGUCUUUGACACUGAGCCACAUGUGGUGGUGUCCUAUAGCCUUGAGCCAAGAAGCUUAGAUAAGGAAACUCUUUCGGCCGUCAUACAGGGGCAAAAGUGGAUAAGGAACAAGGCACAGCUGGCAGAGCGACUGCACGCCAGUCUUCCCGGCUGCCUAGUGCACGUGAUUAAUCGACACGUAGUGGAAAGAUCCAGUUUCCCAGAUGACGCCCGGUAUCAUCAGGAUCACAGGAAAACGAAUAUCUUUAUAUAUUCAGAUUAAUCAUUGCUACAACUCAUGUCUUUGACUGAAUUUCUCCGUGAGGCACUGCUGUAAUUUCUGAUGAUACACGGCCAUAUUUAAAUGUACUGUACAGUAAUUUGACCGACUAAAUGCCUUUGGCUACUUAAGAAGGUUGUCAGGUUAGGUCUUCUAUUGGAAACCUUAGCCAGGUUGUAUGUUACAACAAGGGUUUCCAGCAUGUUCCAUGCUUUCUGCUCCUCAUACUGUAGUUACUGUACUAGUGCCAUUUAUUGUAUUUUUUCAUUUUUAGAAAUAAGCGUCAUGAAAUGACUGCAGCUGUGCCUCUGCAUGUGGCUUCAAGGGAAAUAUACAUGAAUAUUAGUCAGUUAGGAAUGAUCUGGUAUACAAAUGGACUGUGUUUAAUAGUCCUGUUUCAUCUUACCUGCUUCAAUAGAAUCCUGAACAGAUAAAACUGUGAAAUGAAAAAUUGUGUUUCAUAUUACAGUGGAAAACAAACUGUUUCCAUUGUUGUGUUAGUAUGUACUAAGUAUCUGCUUUAUUAAAUACAGCUUAGUACCAGGUAGGCAAUCUCUUUCAACUGCACAAUAGCCUCAAUUCUUAGACCAAUGGCAUAAACAAAGUACUGGUACACUCCUUAUCGGGUUUGGUCCAGUUCUGGUCCUAGCUAACAUGCUAUCCUAGGCGAGCAAAAGAGUAUAGAUACAUUAUAGCAUUUGUUUGAGCAAUAUUUGCGUAUCAGGCUGCACAACAAUGAACUGUUUUUUUUUUGUCUGUGUUUAAUGCAGCAUGAAACAUGACGAUGAUUGUAAGAAAGUCCAAACGUCUGUGUUUCCAUUGUCAGUGCCAGAUUCUAAAUGAAAUUUAAAGACAAUGGGGGUUGUUUGACAUGGAUCAGUGAGCCAUUGUUCAGUCACUGUUUUUGUGCCUUGAUUGCAAAUGAAACGUAAAGAUAAUGGGGGCCAUUUGAGGUGGAUCAGUAAGCCGCUGUUUGCUCACUGUUGUUAUGCGAGUCUGCUGAACGCUACACUUCCACAUCAGUUGAAGUUAAUGAUGGUUUGCAGGAGUGGAGCGUCAGGGAAGUCCAUGGCCACGAUGCCAUAGCGCCUGGGCUUUCCUGCCCUGAGCACGAGGUGGUCUAAGAGCCGGGCAUUAAUGUGCCGAGCCACGGAAAUCGGAUAGGCGAAGAUCCCGGCUCCACUUGAAUAAGUGAGGAACAUCUGGGCCUUGUUCCCAGCCUCAGCGGCUGCCAAGUGCUUGUGCACGGUCUCCCACUUUGCUGGCAAGUGAAAAAAUGUCGGCACCUGCAGGAUAAAAGCAGUAGGUGCAAGUCAGCUCUGAUCUUCGCUGGAGUUCAGGAGAUUGGAGCAUGUAUUAGUAGCCGUUCAUUUACGAGAGAUUAAUUUCAAUUUGUCACUGUUUUGUACAAUAAAAUGCAGCACUCUGCAGAAGUCUUAAACAGUCAAAGAAAAUGAUGUCUAAAUGAUCUUCACGAUUUUAUAUGUCUGUCAAAAUGUGUCAUAUUCAAAACCUCUCUUAAAGUAACCAAUGUAUUUGGCACAACUAUGCAUUUUGACUCGAUCACUAGCAUAGGAUGUUUGGCUAAUGAAUACCUAAUUUAAUUAAGUUAAUUAAGAGAGCUGGUGGUGAAAUGUAACAGAUAUGUGGAAUGACUGAGGUGCCCCUGAGGAGAGGUUUGGGAACCGAAGUAGUGUUCUUACAGCUAUCCAGCUAUGGUUCCUUCUCUGUCCUGAGAAGAAAAGAAAUUCUUAUUUUUUUAUUGUUACUGUUAAUUUGCACAAGUUUUAAUGAUAUCUUUGAACAUUUUCUUUGAUUGUCUUUAACAGUACUUUUCUUGACUUUUUCACAAUACAGACCCUCCUCAGGUUA